GAAAAGGGCUUUAGAUAACGAUCGAAAUCUUCAAUCUUUAUUAAUGGAAAAUGGAUUUUAAGUGCAAGACUUUGAAAAUUGGGGGUAGGGAACGUAAAGAUUGGAUCUUUAAUUCAAUGUGUAAUUGUGUAUGACAUUAUGAAUAUUGGAAUUACCUAAUUAGAUAGUUUUCUUUAUGCCAGAUUAUUAACUGUGUGUAGUUAUUUUCGAAGAGCUUACCAAAUCAACACAGUAGUCUUCGUUAAUUUCAGUUUCCUCCACCUUUCUCAUGCUUUCUUUAAUAAAUUGGGAAGUAAAUCGACAUCUGUAGCUGCUACUCUUUCUCGAACGUCGCCGGGGACGAUGGACCUUCAGCUGACCAGCGUCGCCGGCGAGGAGGAUAGGCUGUUGGGCGCCUACGACGAUGGGGAUUCUGACAACUUGCGCAGGAUUCAGGUGGGCGUGAGUGGGAUGACCUGUGCAGCCUGCUCGAAUUCUGUGGAAUCGGCGCUGAGGAGCCUCGACGGCGUCGUCACGGCCUCUGUCGCCUUGCUGCAGAACAAGGCUGACAUUUCAUUCAAUUCCUCCCUGCUUAAGGAUGAAGACAUUAUAAAUGCAAUAGAAGAUGCUGGUUUUGAGGCUGAAAUUCUACCAGAUCAAAUUGCUAUGCAAUCGAAUCCGCGACGGACCUUAAUAGGCCAGUUUACUAUAGGAGGAAUGACAUGUGCGGCUUGCGUAAACUCUGUGGAAGGGAUUCUAAGGAAUCUACCAGGUGUUAAAAAGGCUGUAGUUGCCUUGGCUACUUCUCUAGGUGAGGUUGAAUAUGACCCAAGUUUUAUUAGCAAAGAAGAUAUAGUCACUGCAAUAGAAGAUGCUGGUUUUGAAGCUUCAUUUGUACAGAGUAAUGAGCAGGACAAACUUUUGCUUGGGAUUUCUGGAAUUGCAAGUGAAACUGAUGUACAGUUGUUAAAUGAUAUACUUUGCAACUUAAAGGGUGUGAGGCAAUUUUCUAUUGACCAAACUACACAAGAUUUGGAGAUUCAUUUUGAUCCAGAGCUUCUUGGUGCCAGAAUAUUAGUUGAUGCGAUUGAAAGUGACAGCUAUGGAAAAUUAAAACUGUUUGUCAAGAACCCUUAUGCUAGAAUGGCUUCUAAGGAUCUAGAGGAGUCUGCAAGCGUGUUUCGCCUAUUUACUAUUAGCUUUAUUCUCAGCGUUCCCCUUCUUUUCAUGAGAGUCGUCUGUCCGCGCAUACCUUUAUUGUAUUCUUUACUACUUUGGCGUUGUGGCCCCUUCCAAAUGGGUGAUUGGCUGAAGUUGGUUUUGGUAUCUGUUGUUCAAUUUGUCAUUGGCAAGCGCUUCUAUGUUGCAGCUGGCAGAGCACUUAGAAAUGGUUCAACAAACAUGGAUGUCCUGGUUGCAUUGGGAACUUCUGCUUCAUACUUCUAUUCCAUAUAUGCAUUGCUCUAUGGUGCAAUAACUGGGUUUUGGUCUCCAAGGUACUUUGAAACAAGUGCUAUGCUGAUAACUUUUGUACUUCUUGGAAAGUACUUAGAAAGUCUGGCCAAGGGGAAAACAUCAGAUGCUAUUAGGAAGCUUGUGGAGCUCACUCCUGCAACUGCUACGUUGCUUAUGAAAGACACAGGUGGAAAAGUUGUUGGAGAAAGGGAAAUUGAUGCUUUAUUGAUUGAGCCUGGGGACCUAUUGAAGGUGCUUCCAGGGACAAAGUUGCCCGCUGAUGGUUCUGUAGUAUGGGGUUCAAGUUAUGUGAAUGAGAGUAUGGUCACUGGUGAAUCUGCUCCGGUUCUGAAAGAGAUCAAUUCGCCAGUUAUCGGGGGUACUAUCAAUUUGCAUGGUUCGCUUCACAUAGAGGCCAACAAAGUGGGAUCUAAUACAGUUUUAAGCCAAAUUAUAUCUCUGGUUGAGGCAGCACAGAUGUCUAAAGCUCCCAUUCAAAAGUUCGCUGAUUUUAUUGCGAGUAUCUUUGUGCCGUCAGUAAUAACUUUGGCACUAUUGACAUUACUAGGAUGGUAUGUGGCUGGGGUUCUUGGAGCCUACCCUAAGGAGUGGCUGCCAGAGAAUGGCAAUUAUUUUGUAUUUUCCCUUAUGUUUGCAAUAUCAGUUGUUGUGAUUGCUUGCCCAUGUGCACUUGGGUUGGCUACCCCAACUGCAAUCAUGGUUGCAACGGGAGUAGGAGCUAAAAAUGGUGUGCUGAUUAAAGGAGGAGACGCGCUGGAGAGGGCGCAAAAGAUCAAGUAUGUCAUAUUUGAUAAGACGGGAACAUUAACCCAAGGGAAAGCCACAGUGACAACUGCAAAAGUUUUUUCAGGAAUGGAUCGUGGUGAUUUCCUCACUUUAGUAGCUUCAGCUGAGUCUAGCAGCGAACACCCAUUGGGGAAGGCUAUACUUGAAUAUGCACGCCAUUUCCAUUUCUUCGAUGACCUUUCUGAUACAAAGAAUGGUCACAGCAACAACAAGUCCUUUGAUUGGCUUCUUGAAAUAACUGAUUUCUCUGCUUUGCCUGGACAUGGCGUGCAAUGCUUUAUCGAUGGGAAAAAGAUUUUGGUUGGCAACCGGAAGCUGAUGGCUGAAAAUGGCAUCACUGUCGAGGAGCACGUGGAGAAGUUUGUUGUGGACUUGGAGGAAAGUGCCGAGACGGGGAUACUUGUGGCGUAUGAUGAUGAUCUGAUCGGUGUUAUGGGGAUAGCAGAUCCACUGAAGAGGGAAGCUGCUGUCGUGAUAGAGGGCCUCAAGAAAAUGGGGGUCGUUCCUGUCAUGGUCACCGGUGAUAACUGGAGAACUGCUCAAGCUGUCGCGAAAGAGGUGGGGAUUACAGACGUGAAGGCAGAGGUGAUGCCGGCUGGAAAAGCUGAUGUUGUGCGGUCACUUCAAAAAGGGGGGAGUUUGGUAGCGAUGGUGGGUGACGGGAUCAACGACUCUCCUGCUCUGGCAGCAGCAGAUGUAGGAAUGGCAAUAGGAGCGGGGACAGAUAUUGCAAUAGAGGCAGCGGAUUACGUGCUGAUGAGAAGCAGCUUGGAAGAUGUGAUCACGGCUAUAGAUCUGUCGAGGAAGACGCUGCAACGGAUUCGUGUGAAUUACGUGUUUGCAAUGGCGUACAAUGUAGUCGCGAUCCCAGUAGCAGCCGGGCUGCUGUUUCCGUCUCUGAAAAUCAAGCUGCCGCCGUGGGUCGCUGGCGCUUGCAUGGCACUGUCAUCUGUUAGUGUUGUCUGUUCAUCUCUGCUGCUCAGGAGAUAUAGAAAGCCAAGGCUUACAACUUUACUGGAGAUCACUGUGGAGGACUAAUAAUAGAGAAGCAGAGUUGCCAGUUUUAUUGGGAUGUAUUCUUGUCUUGUAGAAUAUAAAUGAGAUGUAUUCAUCCGAAAAUUAUAAAAUUUUCUGAUGUCAUUAUAUAUGUACAUAUCAACAGUUUUAUAGAGUUCAAGAGUGUUUUCACCUAAAA